AGCUCUAUGUUAUUCUAAUCAUCUGAAAGCUGUGGCCUGUACAAGAAGCGGGGUUACUGGCUUAUCGGGGUAACUUGUCGGUACCACAGUUUAAACGGACUUCAUAUUCGUUCAUUUACAUUUUUCCCAGACUGACAACUUACCCCGAUAAACCAGUAACCCAGCUUCGCAGUACGGGCCCCUGAUGUAGGCUAGUGUGCGUCCUUUUCGUUGGUUUUGUGUUGAUCUAAUAUUUUCCUAGCUGCUCAAGCACUCAGGAGACAGGAGAACAAAUCUCCGCCCCACGUUGUCUGGUGGGCACCCGACCAAAAACGCGAGAUUCUACAUUAAAAUGUCAUUCAUUGUACUAUGACAGAGAGCUUGUUCUAAUGAGAGCUGGGUGCUUGCUUUGCGAGACACGUUUUUUAUGUCUUUUCCGGCCAAAUGCCAGCGGUUGACGCGUGAUGAUACUGUCGUCUUGUUUGCCGGGUACAUGCAUUUGUACAGAUGAUGCCCACUCACUAUUAGAUUGUCCAGUAUCUCAUUUGGCUGGGUGAAGGUGGGGUUUGGAUGAAGAUUACAGUAACGCGGAUCUGACUCCCAUCGCUGACAUCAGAAUCGUCUGGAGGAACCACUACACAAUGAAAUUCCUGCGCAUAUUCCUCAUACUCUCCAUUGCUGUUUUUGCUCUAGGUUUGGCUCUCCGGUGCUAUUCCUGUUCGGAAUUCUCUGACCGCUGCAUUCAGGACUGCACAUUUGAGGACGCCUGUCUGUCCCUGGGCGAGCGAGGUGGCAUGACCAUCCGGCGCUGCGUCCGGUACACCGACUGCAACCCAGUCCGACUGGCUCAGAUGUUUCCAACGUCGUCUGGCUUAGCCUACAGAUGCUGUAGCAACAACCUGUGCAACAGCAGCCCCGCCGGCACCCGGAGGGCCAGCCUGCUCGCCGUGCUGCCGCCCCUGCUGCUCUUCUGGUGCUGUGUGCUCUAAGCCUUUCAGCUCUAAGCCUAGCUUCCUUAACGAUGAUCACCGAAUGGCAGAACAUUUAAGUGCUAACCAACUCACCUUAUUCCUUCAUAAUUAUAACCUGAAAUCAGUUCCGUAAGUGAAGUCCUUGAAAUUUGAAAGCAGAGUGCCUUGUGGUUAAAAGAUAUACACACAGAUGAGCCAAACCACCCCCACGUGAUGUGAGUAAUGUUGAGUAUCAUGUAAAAAUGGAGCGUGUCAAGGGAAGUAUUAUGCAGUUAGUGAACAUUUGGUACUUGUAGUUAACAUGUUGAAUGCAGAAGAAAUGGACAGAGAUAAAGACAUUACUCCCUUGACGAUCAUUAAAAUUAUCUGCAAUUUGAGCCAGAACCCUCCUGCUUGUUUGUACCAGACAGGACAGUCUUCAUUCACAUCUCACAUUGACAGGUCUGAGCUGUUCAGCACCCUGUCAGGGGUUCAUGGUUCAUCCCUCCUCACACCACUCUCACCAUGGCUGACUGUGAGCUCCACACAAGCCUUGCCAUUUCACCAUAUUGAUUUGAGUCACUCAGGUCAUUUUCCCUGUCAAUUUCUUUUGUAUUCAACAUCAGCUAUUAGUACCAAAUGUUGGCUUACCGUGAAAUAUCUCAGACCUUGACAUACACUAUUUCUAUGAUAUAGACAACAUUAUUUGCUUCACAUGGGGGUGGUCAUAAUGUUUUGGCUCAUUGGUGUAUAUUUCUUUUUAAGUACUUGUCAUUGUAAUUAUGACCCACUCCUAGGUACAUAUAUAAAAUGUAGGUGUUCCUUUUCGCAGUGUGUAUAAAUGGAUUUAAACAUGUUAAUAUCUUUAAAGUUUGAUUGCAGGGGUCUUCAUUUGGUUUGUGACAACUCCCAGGCUGAACUGUUAGCAAGCUGCUUGUUUAUGCUGUAUCAUUGCAGGAUGCUCAUGUGCGUCUGUAAAUGAAGUCACUGUAUUCAUUUGAAAUAUGACCAUGAUCGCUGUGUUACUACUGAAUGGGGAUGCUCGUGGCAAACUGUCGGAUCGCACUUAGUUCUCACUCGCACCAGUGAACCUCUCAGAAUCAAGCAGCGAUUAAAGAUCCAGGCACCGU